UUUGACAGUGCACUUUUGUUGUACACUAUCGGUCGAGAUAAGUCCUCUAAAAACCCUCCAAAAAUAGUUCUCAUUUUCGGUUAAAUUAAUUUGUUGUGACAAAUAAAAUUGUUGAAUGCACAAGCGCUUGUCUAGUGGUCAACAGUUUAACCAGCCAGCAUUCAAGAUAAAUCUACGGUGAACACAUAAUGACGACAGUAACUGUGAAGCUAAGCGACAUUGCCGGUUUGGACGGUCCAAAUUGCCGGAUCAAAGAUCCAAAAGUAGUGGAACACAAACUCAGUCAAUUAGCUGGUGGUGGCGUUGACCGGUUGCAAAUUGUAGCCGAUUUCGAUUUUACCAUUACAAAGCGUAAACUGGAAAACGGCGAACGAGUGCUGAGCAGUUUCGGUUUACUGGAACAAUGUCCGUCGUUGCCGGAAAGUUUUCGCAAACAAUCGAUUGCACUCAAAGACAAAUUCAUUCCCAUCGAAAUCGAUCCGCACAUGGACAAAUCGAAGAAAAUCGAAGCGAUGGUCGAGUGGUGGACAUUGUCGUGUAAUUUACUUAAGGGAUUUCCGUUGACCCAAGAAGAAAUCGAAUCAAUAGCCCAGCGAUACAAGGACGCGACAAGGGAUGGAGCAAAAGAUUUAUUUGACAAACUUUACCAAGCAAACGUUCCGAUAUUGAUCUUUUCCGCCGGUCUUGGCGAUUCGGUCAGAGCGAUGCUCAAAAAUUUCAACAUGCUGCUGCCGAAUGUAAAGGUUGUUUCAAAUUUCCUGAAGUACAAAGACGGACAAUUGGAUGGCUUCGAUACGCACAAUAUGAUUCACGUUUUUAACAAAAACGAAAGUGCACUUAAGGGCUCUAAAGACUUUGACCUGCUCCAUGACCGUAAUAAUAUCAUUGUGAUGGGCGAUUCGCUCGGCGAUGCGGGUAUGGGUGAUGGUUGUGUUAGUGGAAAGGAUGCUCAUAUAUUGAAAAUUGGUUUCCUCAACGAUCACAUCGAAGCCAAUCUACCCGCCUACUUGGACGCCUUUGAUAUUGUGUUGAUGGACGAUCAAACAAUGAACGUUCCCAGAAAGAUUGUCGAUGCCAUAACUGCCUAGCAGUAGCGGACGAGGUUCUAUUUUCCUUUUUUUUUAUUAAAAAAUAAUUUGCAUUGAUUGCGAAGUAAAUGAAGAUUUGACAGAAGAAAAACAAAA